AAUUAUUCUAAUUUCGUUCUUGUUGUAAACGGACGUAAGCUGUUUUAAUAUUAAAAGCGAAAGUUAUUUCAUUGAAAGUUAACACAAAUAUAAUAAUGACAACGUACACAGAUAAAGGGAAAAAACCAGAGAAUGGGCGAUUUUUGUCAUUUGAUCACAUUACUUUUUGGGUAUCGAAUGCAAAGCAAGCAGCCAGUUACUUCAUAACGCGGUUCGGUUUCGAACCUCUAGCAUACAAAGGCUUAGAAACUGGUUCUAGAAAAUUCGCAUCUCAUGCUGUUAGAAUGAACAAGAUAAUAUUCAUAUUUCAAGCUCAAUAUGAACCAGAGGAAACUGGAUUUGUUAAAGAAAUAGAACAUCAUGGAGACUUCGUCAAGGACGUUGCCUUCCAAGUGGAAAACUUAGAUUAUAUACUUGAAUAUGCUAAGAAACAAGGCGCUGUCGUUGUUAGGGACCUCUGGGAAGAAAAAGACGAAUUUGGUGUUGUUAGGAUGGCAACACUCAAAACGUAUGGUGACAACACCCACACAUUAGUUGAUAGGUCACAAUAUAAAGGAUUAUUCUUACCUGGAUAUCAACCAUCAGCAAAAGAUCCUAUACAGAAGUAUUUGCCAAAAGUAGAGAUUAAUUUUAUCGAUCACGUAGUUGGUAAUCAGCCGGAUAAUGGAAUGGAGGAAGCAGCGUCGUGGUACGAACGUUGUCUGCAAUUCCACAGAUUCUGGUCCGUCGAUGACAAACAAGUAUGUACGGAGUACUCAGCUCUUCGAUCUGUGGUGAUGGCGAAUUGGGAGGAAACAGUGAAGUGCCCUAUCAAUGAGCCAGCUGCUGGCAAACGAAAGAGUCAGAUCCAGGAAUACGUGGAGUACCACGGCGGUGCUGGCGUGCAACAUAUUGCUAUCAAUACCGAGGAUAUUAUUACCGCGAUUGAACAUCUUCGUGAACGUGGUGUCGAAUUUCUAUCCAUACCUUCAGUAUAUUACAAAAUAAUCCGUGAAAAGUUGAAAGACAGCAAAGUCCAAGUCGCAGAGAGCAUAGACACGCUAGAGCGCCUCAACAUCCUCAUAGACUACGACGACGAUGGUUAUCUUCUACAAAUAUUCACCAAGAACACACAAGAUCGACCAACACUGUUCUUAGAAGUGAUACAAAGAAGAAAUCAUAAUGGAUUUGGUGCUGGCAACUUCAAGACAUUGUUUGAAUCUAUUGAAUUGGAACAAGAAAAACGGGGUAAUCUGUAAAUUGAUUGCCAUAAUUAAUAUUAUAUUGCUAAUACCAUAAGUGUUAUUAACACAGUCAAUAUAAAAUAAUUAAGUUUAGUUUUGUUUUUGUAUUAUAUUUUGUUAAACGAUUAACAUUAAAAUUAAUUAAUAAAAAUAUUAAAUGA